GGAUUGUGGGAGGAUAGGUUGAGGAUCACAGGGAACGUGAUAAUGGAAGGGAACUCUAAACGCCGAACUAUUGUAGGUGGAAACACAAAAUCCUUAAUCUACAAGCAGAUUUCUGUGAGAAGUAAAUGGUAUCACUCCUGUGCCACAAUUAUUUCGUGAAACAUCAAAGCGCUCUCUGUAUGCGAAUGUAACUUACGUUAGCAAGUGUGGCUAGCCAGCCAUAGGUGGCCAUUGUUUUUGUUUAGUAAACGAAGUGAAAGCAAUAUAGAACCAGUGUUUUCCCCAGCCGAGGAAGGGCCCAGCAGAGGGGCAAACUGUUUGAGUAAUGCGGUUUGGUUUCUCUCGGGAAGAUGGAUGAAAAGUCCACCUACCAACACCGGCUCUAUAUUGCCCUGGUGAUGGUGUUGCUCUUUGGCGUUAUUGUGCUUCAGUACGUUUGUCCUAGCUCCGAUUGCCAGCUGUUGCACAUAGGAUCAUUGUCCUCCAGGUCGGGCGGCAAUUCCAUCGGGUCCCGGGGUGAGGUAAACAACAUUGGCCUCAGUGGAAAGGACCCGUACGUCGCUGAGGACGGUGCAAUAGCCCGGUUCGUUCCCCGCUUCAAUUUCACAACUUCCGACCUCAGUCGCCUCGUUGACUUCAAUAUCAAGGGAGACGAUGUUAUUGUUUUUCUUCACAUCCAGAAGACAGGGGGCACAACCUUUGGUCGACAUUUAGUGCGUAAUAUUAAACUCGAGAGGCCUUGUGAGUGUCAUGCUGGCCAAAAGAAAUGUACCUGUUACCGGCCAGGUAAAAGGGAAACGUGGCUUUUCUCCCGGUUCUCGACCGGAUGGAGCUGCGGUCUUCACGCGGACUGGACAGAGCUGACCAACUGCGUGCCGUCCCUCAUGAACAUGCGUGAGCCACCGAAGAAGCCUACAGUUCCCAGCCGGAACUACUACUACAUCACCAUCCUGCGUGACCCGGUGUGGCGCUAUCUGAGCGAGUGGCGGCACGUGCAGCGUGGUGCCACCUGGAAGGCCUCCCUGCACGUGUGUGACGGUCGCUCCCCCACGCUGGCCGAGCUGCCCAGCUGCUACCCCGGGGAUGACUGGUCAGGCUGCUCUCUGAAGGAUUUCAUGGACUGCCCCUACAACCUGGCCAACAACCGGCAGGUCCGCAUGCUGGCAGAUCUCAGCCUAGUGGGCUGUUACAACGACUCGGCCAUGAGUGAGGACGAGCGCUGGGCAGUGUUAUUAGAGAGCGCCAAGCGGAACCUGCGGGGUAUGGCCUUCUUUGGCCUGACAGAGUACCAGAGGAAAACCCAGUAUCUGUUUGAGAAGACCUUCCGCCUGGCGUUCAUCGCCCCCUUCACCCAGCUCAACGGGACGCGGGCGAGCAGUGUAGAGGUCGCCCCUGAGACGCAACAACGGAUCCGCCAGCUGAACCAAUGGGACGUGGAGCUGUAUGAGUACGCACGCGACCUGUUCCUCCAGCGCUUCCAGGUGGCCCGUCAGCAGGAGAGGAGGCAGGCCAGGGAGAAGAGGCAGCAGGAGAGGAGGAGGCUUCGAGGGAGGCUGGGGUCAACUAGGCUGGGGAUAGGAUGGCCGGUGGCGAUGUGGCCCAGCAACAAACCCCAGUGGACAGAGACCCAGGCCGGGGAGGCGAUCACCACCCACCUACGACCACCCUCCCCAGAGAUGAAGCAGGAGAGGGAAGGUGGAGAGGCGGUUGAGGCUGAGGUGCAGCUGCCAGAGUGGUGGGGUCUGGAGGAGAACAGCACCAUGGAGGACUACAUGGACAAUGUGGAACAGUGGCGGUAGUAGUGAGAGGACCAAGCCGAAGAAGGAGUGAGCCAUGUGAAUUUUCCAGGCUUGCCUUGUCUGCACAGACAUUAUGGGUGUGUCCCAAUAUCUCCUUUCUCCCGAAGUGUGCACAUGUUCACGUCCCUUCGUGAUUUUGAAAGGAAAUGACUGGUAUAAGAAACAUGUGGUUUUGCCCAUGCCUACACCAAUCCAGCGCUAUUAAAUAUUUGGAGAAUAGUGAACAAAUGCACACUUCAGGAACAAAGAGAUAUGGGACACAUCCAUUUUCAAAACUCAACGCUAACCACGCACAGCUCCCUUUAGCCUGCAUCCCAACCUUUAAUCCAGGGGUUCCCAAACAUUUUUGGCCAUGACCCCAUUUUGAUAUGUGAAAAUUCUCCCAACCAUGUGAAAUUUACUAUGGCGGUCAAUUGAAAAACAUUCCUUCAGUAUUUCUGAUUGUAUUCUCAACCCACCCUCAUAUACUUUUAAUGUGGGGCCAUGACAGUCAAUUGCAAAUUAGUCUGACAAAAUGGAUCUCAUCUCACCACCACUAAUGAGAGGGGUGUGCUUGAUGCAGAGCUACUCAAAGUCAGGGGACGUGGUCGACAGUGCGCAUCUCAUCUCUCCUGUCACAUUCAACCUGGAUCGAUAUUUGUUUUUAAUGCAGACGAGAGCACUGAAUCAGUGUACCAUUAGUUUUAAUACCCGGAGGGAGAUGGCACAGUUUUCCCUUUGAGUUAGGUCCCAAAACUCCUCCAUAGUGACCCGUGAAUCAGCUGUGUCAUUUCACUAACCGGCAUGUCAACUGCGCCAGGAUCACAGUCAAAUGGAUUUCCAUCUGUAUAAUAUUUUUCUAUUUCCCCUGCAUGCUUGCGUUCAGUUCCCCAAAUAUGUCUGUUACAUAGGCAAGGAGACACAUCUUCUUUUCAUUACACAGAUAGUCAACAAAGUUUGUUUUUACAUCCAUUGCGAAUGACAACCGUUCCCCUCUCAAUUCUAAAAAUCAUUCCAACACUACCCCUCAAUAACCACCAAGCCUCGUGUGAAAUGGAACAUUGUCAUGCUAUGAUCCCAUAUGUCCACAUAGUUUUGUGAAUAGGCUUACGUGAUAUAGUUUACAAUCUAAGUUACCUGCUGCAUAUCUCCAAGUACUGUGCACAGCUCUUUUGCCGCCAGUUGCUCUUGGUGUAUCCAUUAUGGCUCAGUGGGUGUGUCAUACAAUGCGUCCAUAUGGCAGGUGGAGACAUAUUCAUAACUAGAGUGCACAGGCUUACCUGCCGUCCCGUGAUAGAUGGAUCCCCAACUGUGCAAAAGCCCACCAUUCAAUCCCAUGGAAUCUGUUUUUGUUAAUAUAGCCACGGGGCACACUAAACAUCCCCUGUGCCGUUUCAUGCUCGUGAAUCGUGAGACAGAACAAUGUGUCGUUGAGAAUAGCAUCCCCCGACAUGUCGUGAACAAAAGUCAAUGCAUCUAGGCCCUCACAGCUAGCAUCCAAUUGGAGAGCAUAAGGUGGGGAGUUAUCUGACAAAGGUGUUGAUGUGAGUUUAUGUGCCUUUGCCUCACCACAUUGUUUUCACCAUAUCAAUUGUGGCCAGUAGUAUCAAAGUCUCUGAAAUAGUGUAUGGUUUCAUAGCAUACUGGGAUUAGCCAUUCACCGUGGAAUAAUUUUAAGUGCAAUGGUCAAGUGUGGCCUUUUCCAAUGAUCUAAGGGCGCUCUCUGGUUGAAUUUCACAUUUUUAGAUUUUAAUCAUUUUCAUCUCGAUUUUUAAGGUGACCCACAUUACAAUGAUUUUGAGAGACAAAGACAAUAUUAUAACAGGAUUUUGGAAAUUCUCCUGCGACCCCAUUUUCAUAUCAGGCGACCCCUACGGGGUCACAACCCCUAGCUUGAGAACCGCUGCUUUAGUCCAUGGCCAGUUUUCCAUUUCACUAUACCUACUUAUGUUUCUUGAAUGUAAUUUGUUUUCAUGUACUUCACUUAUCCACAUUGUGGCCAUGACAUUUCUGAGAGAGAAUACAGUGCUUGUCCCAAUUGGCACCCUAUUCCCUAAUAUAGUGCACUAGUUUUUGACUAGAACCUGGUCAAAAUUAGUGCACUAUAUAGAGAAUAGAGUGCCAUUUGGGCCAGGCCCACCACCAAUCCCAUGCCCUUCACCCAAGCCUUCUGAGGAGAUCCCUACGAUUCUGGUGCAGAACUGUUGGUUACUAGUACAGAAAUGUUUUAAUUAUAAUAAUUUUGAUAUUGAGGUACAGUGCAUUCAGGAAGUAUUCAGACCCCUCGACUUUUUCCAUAUUUAGUUAUGUUACAUCCUUAUUUUAAAAUGGAUUCGAUUGUUUUUUUUCUCAUCAAUCUACACACAAUACCCCAUAAUGACAAAGCAAAAACAGGUUUUAGGAAUCUUAAAAAAAUAUAUAUAUAUAUUCCAAUGUACAUUAUUAUUCAGACCCUUUACUCAGUACUUUGUUGAAGCACCUUUGGCAGCCAUCUAGUCAUCUUGAGUAUGACGCUAUAAGUGUGGCACACCUGUAUUUGGGGAGUUUCUCUCAUUCUUCUCUGCAGAUCCUCUUAAGCUCUGUCAGGUUGGAUGGGGAGUGUCACUGCACAGCUAUUUUCAGGUCUCUCCAGAGGUGUUCAACUUCAGGCUCUGGCUGGGCCGCUCAAGGACAUUGAGACUUGUCCCAAAGCCACUUAUGCGUUGUCUUGGCUGUGUGCUUAGGGUCGUUGUCCUUUCUGGAAGGUUAACCUUCUCCCCAAUCUGAGGUCUUGAGCCCUCUCGAGCAGGAUCUCUGUGCUUUGCUCCUUUCAUCUUUCCCUUGAUCCUGACUAGUCUCCCAGUCCCUGUCACUGAAAAACACCCCCACAGAAUGAUGCUGCCACCACCAUGCUUCACCGUAGGGAUGGUGCCAGGUUACCUUCAGACAUGACGCUUGGCAUUCAGGCCAAAGAGUUUAAUCUUGGUUUCAUCAGACCAGAGAAUCUUGUUUCUCACGGUCUGAGAGUCAUUUUGGUGCCUUUUGGCAAACUCCAAGCGGGCUGUCAUGUGCCUUUUACUGAGGAGUGGCUUCCGUCUGGCCACUCUACCAUAAAGGCCUGAUUGGUGUAAUGCUGCAGAGAUGGUUGAGCUCUAGAGCUCUGUCAGAGUGAACAUUGGGUUCUUGGUCACCUCCCUGACCAAGGCCCUUCUCCACCGAUUGCUCAGUUUGGAUAUGCGGCCAGCUCUCUGGAAUAGUCUUGUUGGUUCCUAACCUCCCUAUGGGACUCCCAAUCACAGCCUGCUGUGACAGUCUUUUUUUAUACGUUUAGAAAUGUUAUCAAACCUGUUUUUGCUUAGUCAUUAUGGGUUACUGUAAGUAGAUUGAGGAAAACAUUUUAAAUAGAUUUAGUUUAGAAAAAGGAUGUAAUGUAACAAAAUGUGGAAAAGGUUAAGGGGUCUGAAUACAACUGGUUUUGUUUGAAAGAGAAUAAGCUAUGUUUUUGUUUUCACUGGGAUUUUUGUAUUCGUAUUAUGCUAUUAUUUUUGUCAUGACUUAAUGUAGGUCAGGGUAAAGCUGUUGAAUGAUUUGUCAGAUGACAUGCAGCUUACAAAUGACUGAGAAAGACUUAAGUGAUCGUGCGGAAAGAAACACAUUUCUCGCAAAAUUAGAUUUGUAUAAUUACCUCAAUCUGUAGCACACCUGUCUGUUAUAUUCACUUUUUGUGCUAUCCUUGUCUUCUCUUUUGUAUAUUAAACAAAAAUAAUUUA